AUGAGAAAUGUUGUACUGAAGAAGGAGAUGAAGUUCCCUAAUGCAAAGGUGUUCAGAGCUGCUUUGAGGAAGUAUGCAAUCAAAAAACCUAUUGACAUCAAAUUCAAGCUUAAUGAGAAGACCAAGAUAUCAGUUCACUGCAAGAAUGGGUGUGUGUGGAGAUGUUAUGCAUCUCAAAUAAGUGGAGAGCUAACAUUUCAAAUUACCUUGACUGAUGACUGUACUUGUCCCAAGUCUUUCAAAAACAGCCAAGCAACAUCAGCUUAUGUUACUAAGAGGUUCAUUGAGGAUUUUAGCAAAAAUCUAAAUUGGGAGGUGAGUGGUGUACACAACCAUGUGAUGCAAAAUUUAUCUGUUGACCUAAGUGUAAACCAAGUGUAUAGGUCAAAGAGAAAGGCAAAGGAUUUGAUAAAUGGAGAUGAGCAACUGCAAUAUGGUGUCCUUAGAGACUAUGCACAAAUGAUAACCACUGUAGACAAGGGGAGUAGGGUUAUACUGCAGACAGAAAUGGCUGAGGAGACUUCCCAGCCAAAAUUUAAGAGGAUGUAUGUUAGGUUCAAUGCUCAGAAGGUAGGAUUUUUAGGUGGAUGCAUGUCAUUUAUAGGUUUAGAUGGUUGUCACAUAAAGCACAGAUUUGGUGGGCAAAUCUUAUCUGCCACUGUCAAGGAUGCAAAUGACAACAUUUUUCCAGUAGCCAUGGCUGUUGUGGAACAAGAAACCAGGGAGUCUUGGAUAUGGUUUUUGGAAAUUUUUGCUGAUGAUAUAAGAAGGCCAGAGGAGUUUCAGUUGGUCUUCAUUUCUGAUAGGCAAAAGUGGCUUAUACCUGCAAUAGAGACACUAUUCCCUACCGUGGAGCAUAGAUACUAUGUGAAACACAUCUACAACAAUUUCAAAGUUGAUCACAAGGGAUUGGAGCUGAAGGAUGCAUUGUGGAGGUGUGUUGCUGCCACAACAGUAAGGGAGUUUGAGAGAUGCAUGCAGUACAUAAGGGAUUUGGAUGAAAAGGCAUAUGAGUAUCUUGCAAACAUUGCACCUACACAGUGGACAAGGUCACACUUCACUCCUAGGGCCUUAACAGAUUGUUUGGUAAAUAAUUUGAGUGAGUCUUUUAAUGCAAUGAUAUUGAAGUCUAGGGACAAGCCUAUCUUGGCAAUGUUGGAGUGGAUUAGGGUUAGACUUAUGACUAGGCUUUACACAAAAAGGGAAGGGAUACAGAAGUAUGCUGGAAAGUUGUGUCCAAGCAUACAAGAUAGGUUGGAGAAAUUGAAGGUUGAAAGUAAGGCAUUUAGUGCUACCCUAGCUGGUAGUUUCCUUUAUGAGGUAGGCAGUCAGUAUGAAAGGCAUGUAGUUGAUUUGGUGAAGAAGACAUGUAGCUGUAGGUCUUGGGAUUUAAAUGGCAUUCCCUGCAAACAUGUCAUAACAGCCAUUUAUACAAACAUUGAGACACCAGAAGACUAUACCCACCCAUGCUACUUCAAAGAAACUUACAUGGAGAUAUACAAGGAGGUAAGGGAAGGGGUGCCUGCACCUAGAUCUGCACCUCAGCCUGCACCUCAGCCACCAUCCCAACAGCCUACCCAGACCUACAACAUGAUGUCUGCCACUCAGCCUUCAUCCUCACAGUAA